AUGUGAGUGUCAGUAUGAGUGUGAGUGUGUUGGUGAAUAUUUUUGUUAUCGAUUGAUGAAACAAACAAACAUUUAAUCAACCAUUGGAUUGAAUGUUUGUAGAAAAUUUGUUCAUGUUCGAACAACAUAAUCAUUGUAAAUUAUAAUUUCCGACAUGUCCAAUCCAAUAUCAUCAGCAAUCGCUUGGUAAGUGUAUUGUUGAUAACGAUAACGCGAUAGUGAUUACUGAUUGACUGAUUUCUAUCAUUAUUAGAAGGAAGAAACAACGACGACAACAACAACUACAACAAUAACAACAAUCGAAACACUUUGAUACAAGUCGCCCAUCAGAACGCUAUUACAUUGAUUUUGGUGCUCAUCAGUGAUAAACACAUUUUGUCAUGUCUUUCGAUGAGACGAUUAUUUGUUUCUAUAAUUUCCUAUUACGGUGAGAGCAAUCAUCGAAUUUGUCCAAAUAUAUAGAGAGAUGGUAACCACAAUCGGACCACAGAAAUUGCGACAAUUGUGGCAAACCUGUCAGCUUGAUUCGAAAAAUGAACCCAAGGAGAAACGAAAUCAUUUGAUUCGCUUGCUGGAUUGUUGUCUGGUCUAUUUCGAAGAAUUGCAUGAUGAAAGACCAGAAGAAGCAGCAUUGAAUCAAUUGCAACGAACCACACAUUAUUGCAUUGGCAAUUGGCUCAUUCAUCAAUUCAUCAUUGAUCUUAGCAAUCAAAGUCAUUCCAAAUGCAGCCACAAUAAUGGCAGUGAUAAUGAGACUGAUCGAUUGUUUGAUGAAUAUUUUCUACACGAUGACCAUGGUGUUGGAUUCAAGUUCCUACAAUGUUUCAGUCAUUUUCUGGCCCACGAAGGUGGCACUUGUAUCUAUAAUCUCGAAUUGGCCAAAAUACUCAUUCUAGUCCUCAAUCAUUUUCUCAACGAUGACGACGACAACGACAACGACCAUGUUGAAUGUAAUGCAAACAGCAAACAACAAGCUCGAAUCGAUUGGUCGUCGAUUAAAAGUGAAACAAAUUUCAAAGAGGAUCUCUAUCUGAAAACAGUAAGCCGAAAUGAUGAAAUUCUAUCGCCGAUCAAAGUGAAAUGCUGGUUCAAGAGCAGAGAUGGCUCCAAUUUGUUUGGACAAAACAAAUCAUCGAAACGAUAUGCUCGCGAUUAUGGCAGUAGCAGUAGUGAUGAUGAACCUGAUCACCGAGAGCCAUUCACAAAGAUUCCAUGUCUAAUCACAACAAUUAACAACACCAUUGAACAUCCAAUGAUAGGUGCCAAUUACGAAAAGCCCACAAAAACUCAACUCAUCUGGACAUUGGAAAGCUUAUUAUCCAAAUUGGUCUCGUUUGAAAAGAAUGGAUUUCGUGUCUUGCAAAAAGACGACAAUCAACUAGUGUCCAUAUUGAUCAUACGCGAAUUAUCCUAUCUGAUGCAUAAAUCCGUGGACAAUAUAACCAAUCAAAUCAUCGAAUUGAAUCAUUUACUAUUGGCUAGUUGUAUGGUUGUUUGCCAUCAUAAACCAUUCACCGGAAUCGAACUAAUCGAUAGAGUCGGAUUGAUCGAAUCUUGGAUGAAAUACGUGAACACGAACAUUGUAUACAAUGAAUCCAUUGAGACUGGUAAUUGCUUGUUAAGCUUAAUGAUAACCAUAUCACAAUCGCUGACAAUGCAGUCAUCGUCUACAGAUAUGAACAAACCAAUUGGUUUGUUUCACUCGUUUAUAACGUUAAUGUUUGCAUCCAAUGAACCCGAUAAUAAUGACGAUGAUGAUGAGGAUGAGAAACACGCGAAUCUGGCCUCAUUUCUGAUGAACAUUUUCCAAUCUUCGAUCAAACACGAUCCGCCACUAUAUCGGAUGAUUGAUUUACUCAAACAAUUACACAUCGCCAUCCAAUAUAACCAGGCGUUGUCCAUGCACAGACAAAUUUGCCGUCGCAAACGACGUCAUAUUCGAUGUAAUCUGGCUCCAUUGAUUGUACAUCAUCAUUUUCACAUCAAUUUAUCAUGGUCGCACAAUGAUGAUUACUGUCCUUCCGCCUUGAUAUAUUCGCUUUUGGUCAGAGUGAUAUUCAUUGUAGCCAAAUGGAAUGCAACCAAUGAAUCAUUACUUAAUCAUGUGUGUCAUCAGCUAUCGCAAUUGAUCUCUUGUUGUUGUGUGUUGCGUAGAUAUUGCAAACAUUUACUGUUUAUGGCUAUCACAGCUACCGGACCAUUUGCAGCGUCCAUACGACAUGCCAUAUUCAAUGUGAUUGAAUUGAAUGUACGAAUUCAACGGCAUCAAAGCCAUCAAAUCAACAAGACUAGAAAAUCGCCAUCAGCACAAUUCAUUGAUGAAUGUAGCUUUUGUGCAUCCACUAGUAGUUCAAACGAUGGCCAAAACGUGAAACGAUCGAAUGAACCAACAACAGCAGUACAACAACAGUAUGAACAAGAACCAUCUCCCCUGUACAGUGAAGGCUAUGCUACCGAUAAUGGCAACUGUUGUUGGUUAUCGGAUGCUCAUCAUCAUCAUCAUCGAACACAAUCCGUAUCGAGUGAUCGAAAAUCAACCAUUGAAUCGGAUAAUUGUCUGAUGAGUUCAUUAUCGCAUCACUAUCGUACAUUGCUACGGUCUGACUCGAUUGCCAUCAGGCAAUCGGUUUAUCGACAUUUGUAUAAUUUAUUCUCAUUCGUUGAUGGCCAUUGUCAGCAAUCAAUAUUGGUCCAUAUCAUACUACCAGUCAUAUCUGAUGAUGGCCACAGUCAAUCAUACCCAUCCGAUGUUAGUGUUUUCGUUUUACGGUUACUAAUUGCUGCUGCUACCACCGUUACACCGUUAUCCGGUGGCAAACGAAAAGCUCAACAAAUACAAAGCGGUCGACAAUUGCUGCAGACGAUUUCCAAGAUGAAAGCCUGGCCUGCUAUCAUUGAAUACAUUUCAAAUCCGAAUCAUAAAGCGUCUGACAAUGAUAAUAAUAGUCAUUCGCAUCACGCACAUAACGAUUUAGCCUGUCUUAGUAUCCAGCUAUUGCGUAAUUUGCUCAUCUGUGAACUGACCGACAACAAACAAUCGUUUGAAACGAUUGCCAUUAUCAUUGAUCUAUUCGCCGAACAUUUUGAUCAAUGUAUCCUGCGCAAAACGAUGCAACAUUUCGAAUCAAACACGUGUCCAAAAAUGGAAUCAUUGGAGCAAUAUAUUGACUUUUACAAACACCAUAGCUUCGACAUUCUCAUUGAUGAUGAAUCAUUGAACUUGCGAAUCGAUCGAUUAUCGCAGACAUUCUCUAGCUUGGAUCGACUAUUAUGGCUAGCAAAUAGCACAAUAGAGCUUUAUCCACAGUUGGCCAAUCUGUUAAAUAAUGAACCCUAUAACUUUACGUCGAAAUUGUGGCUCCAUACUUGUAAAUUACUCAAACAAACAUUGAACGAAAUGAAAUUACUAGCCCUGCUUCCACAGCCACAACAAAAACACUUGCUAUUCUGUGAACAAUCGAUUGGACUGAUGGAACCAUUAUUAUCACUCAUACAACGACUAGAACCGAUAGAUUCAACAACUACCACACUUGGUCAAUUCGUUGUCGAUAAAUUGGAUACUCUUAUCGAAGCAAAUACAAUCACACAAUGGCCCAUUUAUGAAUCGCUAAUAAUGACCAAAUUGAUGGGUCAAUUAUUGCAGAUGAUUCUUCGCGUGUCAUUCGAUUGUCCAAUCAUUAAUGAUCAACACAUUCAUCUGUGGACCAAUAGUUGCACUGAUUUACUGUCCAUUCUAGAUUGUCAACAACAACAACGAGCCCUCUCAUUCGACAGUGUUAUGAGUGAUCAUAAUGACGAUAAUUGUGAUGACAAUUUCGAUUGUAAUGGCCACGAUGAUGCUGGCUAUGAAGCUGAUAUUGAAUGUUUGGUUAGACAAACAAAAAUUCGUGAUCAAGGUUUGUCCGUCAAAGAAUCGCCUUCACGUCCAGCAUCUCUUUGCAACGUUCCUCUUUGUCGUCAAGUGUUGGAAUUCUUGAGCAAAUGGUUAACGACGAAAAAGAAACUGCUGCUGCUAACGCAACACCAAAUUGAUCUCAACUUGAAGAACGAAUUGAACAUGGUUGCCAUUUGCUUCAAUCAACUGAUUGGUUAUUGCCGCGAUAAUCCAGACAACAUUGCCAUCAUGGCUGAAGCCAAUUUCAGUCAAACAUUAAUGCAGCAUUUCCGUUUCAUUUUAUCCUCAUCGAGCAGCCACUAUAAACCAGUGAAAAAAUUGUUAUUCGAUCUGUUCAUCUUGUUAACCCGUAAUCGAUUGACAUCAGAAUCAAUACGAAUGUGCAUCGAUCUAUUCAAAGAAAAAGACGCCGACUAUGAAUCACUUUUGUCCAUAAUGAACAAAAUACUUUUUCCCCCCAAUAUUGUUGGCCGAAAUCAAUGUUCGAUCGGUGUUGGUGGUGGUGGUGGUGGUGGUGGUAGUAGUUCACCUCAACAUUUUGUUCAAUUUCCGACCACCAGAUUGUGCUCGGAAUCAAUAAAAAAAACCAAAACUGAUUGGCUCGACGAAUUGAUCUGUUCGAUGAAUGAUGACCACUAUAAUGGACAUGGUGAUAGUGGUGAUAGUGACAAUGACAUUUCGUUGCGAUCAUUUGCUAUGGCCAUACCGCUGAAUGGCUCAGUGAUCAAACACCAGAUUCCGUUACGAUGUACGUUGGCAUGCUGGAUUUUCCUCGAGAAACGAGCUCCAUUUGUUGAGAAAAACAAAAAUCAAAAGCCAAGCCAUGAUGGUCAGAUGCACAUUUGUUCGUUGGUAUUGGACUGUAUCACCAUGGAAAUGUGGUUUGACUUUCUCUACAAUCGUUUCGUGUAUCGGUUAUCCAAGAAAAGCAAUGGCAAAGUGUUUUGUCUGAAUGAAAGUUUUGUGCCGAGCAGUGUUGAUCUGCUUGGCUGUUGGAAUCUGAUUUGCGUCAAUUUCGAAGAACAGUGUGUCAAUCGAGCCCAUUGCAUUCAAAUUAGUCACACUGUGAACGGUGGCCGCGAAAAAUUUGUCAAAUGGUCAUAUCCAUCCACUUUGUUCAAUGACCAUGCACAUCGAGCCAGUGAAUUAUCGUCCGCCAAUUGUGCUUUGCUUCUCGGUUCUAUUCAACAAUCAAACAUUACCGACUUUCAUUACAAACUGUCCAAUGUGAUGUUCUUCAAACAACACCUUCAACCAUUUGGUCGUAUUUUGCUCCUUUCAUUAGGACCUGAUUUUAGUCAUUUUCAUCAUCUUGGCGAUGACAUUAUUCAACGUGAUCAAUACUUUGUUCUACCACGACAAUUGAUCACCACUGAUGAAUCCAAUGUGGACAUGUUGACCUCAUUGAUGUCGUCGUCGGCAAAUUCCGUAUCGAACUCAUCACAAUCAAUCACGGCCAAUCUAGUCAUGCUAUAUCGGGCAUCAACACCAAACUUGUACUAUUUGUGGCCUGCACAACCGGAAUCAAACACAACCAGUCUGAUCAAUCCAUUAUUACGAACAUUGCUUGCGCGCACAAACAAUCAAUUAAUUACAUCUGAUGAACAAGAAGCUCGAUUGUAUCGAAUCAAAUUGAACGGCAAACUGGAUGCUGGUUGCAAUGGAGCCGUUGUUGUCAAAACGAUCGCCGACAUUGGUGGCAUUUCCGUUUUCGUGUUUCUUUUGCUUUAUCUGAUGGAACACACCGAUAGUCAACAAGUAUGGAACCAGGCUCUGGAAUUGAUUCUGCACACAUACAAUAGCCAUUAUUAUAAUCGUUUGAUGUUUGAUCGUCACCAUGAAGCAUAUGCUUUGCUGUCAUAUGCGUUGGAUAGAUCGGCAAAAUCGCCCACAACAUCAAUGCUGAAAACUUUUGCUCAGUUUGCGUUGCAUUGGCAUCCAAACAAUAGCCAAUAUCCGGUGAUAAUUGUCCCGUCAAACAUUGCUUUGUUCAUCGAUUCAUGGCGUGUUUGGGUUAAAAGUUCAACGACAAGCAAACUAUUCGUUCAAACGCUCAUGUCUCUUACUGAACCUUGCAACCCUUUUCAAGCCUACAAUUUGCUUCUGCUGCAACGAACCAAUGCAUUCGACCAUCUGAUGCGUAUGAUAAAAAACGUUCAUUUGAAUUACAACAUCAUUGACCAUAACCAUGGUAACAUUGUUUCCGAUUCAUCCGACCAAUUGAUACGUCUCAUUCAGAGUCUGAUUGAGAAUGAAUGCGACAAACAGCCACAAUUGCUUCAAGCUGUCGUGGACUGUCUACUUCUUUUGCAGCCCACCGAAUGGCUGCACGUAAAUCAAACGAAAGCCUCGUUCUAUUACAUUUUUCCAUCAACAUGGAAAACGAUCAAAGAUGAUACUGGUGAAGCUAACAACGAUCCAGAUAUGAUUGAAUUGAAAAAUCUGAGCAAACGACCGCAACUUUCUUUCUUACAAUCAACCGUAGAUGAUGAUGACGAUGAUUCUGGUAACAAUCUUGAUGAUGAUGAUGAUGAUGAUGAUUGGGAAAUUGUCACAGAAUUCGUCGACACUGUCAGCUGUGAACAUACAGCCACCACAAUUGAACAACAACAACAACAACAGCCGACACCCAGUUUUAGCAACAACCAAGAUUGCCAGUUGAUCACACGGGAAUUGAUUCGAUUGCUUGAUAAAUACGUUGAUCAGAUGUUCGCCAAUGAUUAUCUCGUGUCAUUAGUUGAAUCUUGUUCGGUGGACAGAAAUGUCUCUUUAUUCGAUUUCCUUAUUGUCCUGGUGAACAAUCCAUCUGGCCAGGUUAGACAGCAGGCUUUGGCCACAUUUUUCAAGCUCUUUCAACUUUCAUGCCAGUCGGCCAAUUCAGAGCAAGAAUGGUUGAAACGAAAAACUCUUGGUCUGUUGCUGGUAUCGAAUCAAUUGUACAACUAUUACGCUGAUGAACAUAUAAUGAACAGCUGUGUGGCAUUUCUGUUCAAUGUGACCAACCAACGUCGAAUCGAUGACCUGUGCAAACAUCCAGAAUCGUCGGUCGAUUUGAAACGUAUGGUGAUGAAAGUUUCGUUGGAGAAUUUUAUUCCAUUGCUUGCAUUGUUGCCAAAGUGUUUGCACCCGAUAAGCCUAUGUUAUCGCAUCCUGCAGCUCAUGUAUCAAAUUGUCGACAAGAUGACCAUCGUCCAGUUGGAUGAACUACACAAACAAUACGGCCUAGCGCAAUCAUUAACGAAAUUGUUGAUCAAUGUCAAUACACAACUAUCGAUCCCAGCCGAAGACAUGAACAAAUAUAACCGAGAACAUCUGAACGAGGCAAUCUAUCGAAUCGUUGCAAACAUUAGCUCUGCAUAUAAUCAUCAUCAAUGCAAUGAUGUACAACUCUACGACCAUUUCAUCCACGAUUUGGUCAAUUAUUAUGCCAUGAUUGAGCGUAAAAUAUCGGCUCAAGUGGCUGCCACAUUCCGUAACGUUCAGGUGACGAUAUUUCGUUCCUGCUUUGAAGCAUUCGAUCGAAUUAUCCAUGCAUGGUCCACAACAAGUGAUGAUACGAAACCAAAAGCUAUUGUUUUGCAGCCGAAAACAAUGUUUGACCGUAUCAAAAUGGUGGCGCAAAAAUCUGUCGACUUUGUUGUCUGCCGAAAUGCCAAAAUUGGUUUGGGCCAGAAAGAGAAAUACUUUCAACGAGAACUGCUCUAUCAUUUGCUUCAACUGAUUGAUCAGAUUGAGAACGAAUCGUUAAAAGUGUCGCGAAUAAACAAGAAAAGUGUAGCCUGGUUCAAAUGUCUAUCGAAUGGUCGAGACUUUUUCAAAGCGUUGCUUAAUCAACUAGUCACAUUCCUCAUGUCUCAUUUGCAAUCAAUUGAUGAUCGAAUCUUUUGCUUGCAUCUGUUUUACGAGAAAACCAAUCAAUUCGACCAGAUCAAACAAUUUGUCGACACCAAACACGAUGGUCAAUUUAUCUUCCUGAUGGAUGAAUUUCUUCGUGAUCUAAUCGAGUUCGGAGUGAGAGAAUUGAACAUUUUCAGCUGGUCUGCGAUGGAAAAUGCCGAACCAUUUGUCUCGGUCAACGAUAGCUACAUCGCUGACGACAACGACAACAACGACGACGACGACUACCGCCGCCAACAACAGCCAACGGCAAUAUUAAUGAGCCAUGUUUACCGAAAAUUUCGACGUCAAUUUGAUUUGGAUGGCAAGGAUCAAUACUUUUACAAAUCGGUGCUUGCCGCAUGGCAUGAACGAGUACAAGAAGCACAAACUAAAUACGAAACUAAAUUGCUCCGUUCUUCUAGUCGGAUAUUUGCCAACAUGUCCUUGGUGUUUGAUAAGGUGCUUGAUGAAGCCUCCAGACUCAACGAUCGAAUAAUUGUGGCUCAACAGGCCGAAAAGAAACGAUACAUUUCACAUCUGAAACGGGAACAACUUGACAAUCGAGCCACCCAAAAGCGACUGGUUCAAUUAAUCGGCCACUUGUUACAGGAAAAAAGUUGCUGGUUUCUGCCUGAAUACUAUCCGCAGAGUUGGGAAUUGAGUCCAUUCGAAAGUCAAGGUCGUGUUCGUACCAAAAUGGAACGUUGUUUUCUUGAAAUGGAUGAUCGCUACGUCAUGAGUAACGACAGACAAUUACGUUCGAAACAAUUGUUUUCCACAUUAAUGGACGAUCCAGUUCAAUCAUCGGCCAAUUUCUUCAGCACCAUUUCGAUCAACGAACUAACCAGACCACCACCAGCACAAGCACCAGAUGAAAGCAAUGGCAAUGGCUGUUUGGUUUCCCAUCUUGACACUGAUGUCUUACUGUUCACAUCGAUGGCCAAUGUCAUUCUUUACGAUGAUCAAAUCGAAGGCGAAAUCCUGGUCAAACGAAACAAAAUCCAAUUCAUCUGUAAUGGCAGCGGCCAAGCUGUGACAAGUCAUCGGUUCGAUAGUUUUAGUUCGAAGCGUGCGUUUUUCCAGAAUUUUUCCAUCGACAUGGAUGAAAUACAAGAACUGAUCAAAUGUCGAUACGAACUGCAAAACAAAGCGAUCGAGAUUGUGCUCACAUCUGGCCUAACCUAUUUGAUUGCGUUCGAAUCAAACACUGCUCGUGAUGAAUGCCACCAACACCUUAUGCAGAAUCGUGACCUAUUGGUCAAUCUGAAUGAAUCCAUCAACCUCGUUUCACUGACACAAAUGUGGCGUGAAAGACGUCUUUCCAAUUUCGACUAUCUAAUGCACUUGAACCGACUGAGUGGCAGAACGUUCAAUGAUCUGAUGCAGUAUCCGGUGUUUCCGUUCGUGUUGGCCGAUUAUUCUAGUCACAUUCUGAAUCUUUUGGAUGGCCAGUCAUAUCGAGACCUGGCCAAACCGAUUGCCGUGCAGAAAAAAGAACGAGAAAAAUAUUACAUCGACCAGUACAACUACAUCGAAGCGGAAAACAAUGCAAGUGGUGGUGGUGGUGGUCGGCCAAAAUCCAAGAAUGGGGACGUCGUUCCAUUUCCCGGUGUCACUUCAACGCCUUACCACUAUGGAGCUCAUUACAGCAACAGUGGCAUUGUUCUCUAUUAUCUGGUUCGAUUGCCACCAUACACACAGAUGUUUCUCCACUAUCAGGAUCGUAAUUUCGACUUGCCCGACAGAAGUUUUCAUUCGAUCCAGACAACAUGGCGAUUGGCCACCGAAGAUUCGACCAAUGGCUUCAAGGAAAUGAUUCCUGAAUUUUUCUAUCUACCGGAAUUCCUCUGCAAUCUGGAACGAUUCGAUUUAGGCGUUCGUCAGAAUGGUGAACGUGUGAAUGAUGUGAAACUACCGCCGUGGUCACGAGGCAGCGCUCGACUUUUUACGUUGAUCAAUCGCCAGGCAUUGGAAUCGAAUUACGUGACCCAACACCUGAAUCAUUGGUUCGAUUUGAUCUUUGGCUACAAACAGAAUGGUCGUGCAGCAGUCGAAGCCAUCAAUGUGUUUCAUCCGGCCACCCACUUUACGGCCGAUCUGUCCAAAAUCAGAGACCAAGUCAAACGUCAUGCACUGAAAACAAUGAUCAAAACUUAUGGCCAAAUGCCCAGUCAACUGUUCCAGAUGCCUCAUCCAGCAAUACAGACCGAUGUUUGGUUUCCGGUCGAAGACAGUCAUCACAAUAUCCCGCAAUCACCGGCCAUGGGCGAAGUGAUUGGACUGAAAUGGGGUAAUUAUGUUGGAUCGCCAAUCUAUCAGACGCCGGUUAUUUGUUUCCACAAACGGUUUUCGCUUCGUAUUGACCGUUUAGUUUCAUUGCCUACCAACGAUCUGUUGCUAUUGCCACCGAAUUCUUCACCCUUGGUCGCUUACAAUCAGGCUAGAAAUCAAUUCAUCAACACUAGUUACAUCAUCUUUUACGCUUUGUGCACUUGGUCACCACAACAUGCCACUAUCUGGUUCCGUAAUCAACAGGACAAACGGUUAUUUAAUGCCGAAAUGAAUUCAUUGCUUGAUGAGAUUUGUAUCUGUGAAUCGAUUCCCGACUAUGAAUGGAUUUUGGUUGGCUAUCGAUCGGGCACAAUUAUUGCCUUUUCAUUGAAAUUUGACAAACAAUACGAUCUGCACGCUAUCCAAUUGAAGGAUCGGCCAUCGCUGUUUGUUGGUCAUCAGUCAGCAAUCACAUCGAUCACGAUCAAUAGGAAUUUCAAUGUAGCUCUAUCCACCGAUUCAAAUGGACGAUGCAUUGUAUGGGACAUGAACAAACAACAAUAUUUGCGAACCAUUCUGGACACUAAUCAUCAUAAUGUAUCGGUCUCGAUGUCUACAAUCAGUAACACGUUGGGUGAUAUGGCCGUGGUCACAUAUACGACUAGCAAACAAGUGCUUACCAGUCAACUUUAUGUGUUUACACUGAAUGGACAACCUGUGGCAGACAUUCACACGAAUCGUUCGGAACCAUACAUCACGGCCGUCUGUUAUUCAUCUUGUCCGGAAGGUAUUUCUAUCAAUGUCAUUUGCACUGGAUUAUCCGAUGGCUCAAUCAAGCUUUGGAGUUCAUGGGAUCUCACUCUUAUUCGAACCAUUCAUUCAGAUUUGAUAUCAUUGUCAUUGAAUUCCAGUCCAAUAAUCAGUAUGUGUUAUUCGUACAAAUGUGAUUUAUUUUACUUGCUCACUCGGGACAAUUGCCUUAUCGCCCUAAAGAAUGGUCUGUUGGCCGUUUCGUCUUCUUCGGCCUCAUCAUCAUCAUCAUCAUCGUCAUCCACAUUAAAUCCAUCGUCAUCAUCGUCAUCAAGAAGUGAUAAUUUCCGCAUAUUGAACCUAACCAAUCUUGGCCCUCCUGUAUGAUUGAUUGAUCGCCUGUAAUUAAUUUGUAUACACACAAUGUAUUGUUUUUUUUUCAUUUUUGAUUUUGUUUUUUUGAUUUUUGUUUGUAAAAUUUAAAAUAAACUUUUACCAUUACGUCAUUCAUGACUGA